AAUAGGUUUCAAUUUCAUCAUCAUCAAAUAGAAUCGUCAUCAUUGGGUCGGAGAAUGAACAUGUACGGCGGACCCUCUUCCAAAUUGGGCCGCACCGGCCCAAAACGCCUCCACUCCUCUUUCCCACCGCCACCUCCUCACCGUCCGCCUUCCUCCGCCGGUUCUCGUCUAUCACUCGGUGGCUCCGCCCGGAAAACGCCGACGCCACCGGCGGUUGAGGAAACCUUCAGCCUUGUAUCCGGCAGCAAUCCCCUCGAUUUCGGCAUGAUUAUAAGGUUGGCGCCAUACCUCGUUGAAGAGAUCAAGCGCGUGGAGGCACAGGGUGGCACUGCGCGUAUGAAAUUUGAUGCCAAUCCUAAUAAUUCCAAUGGAAAUAUUAUUGAUGUUGGUGGGAAGGAGUUCAGAUUUACAUGGUCGAGGGACGGUGAUCUAUGUGAUACUUAUGAACAGCACCAACGUGGUGACGAUGGAAACGGUUUGCUUGUAGAAUCUGGGUGUGCCUGGCGCAAAGUGAAUGUACAGCGUAUCUUGGACGAAUCAACUAAGAAUCACGUCAAAAUGCGGUCAGAAGAAGCGGAACGCAAGCUCAAGUCACGCAAAGCCAUUGUCUUGGAGCCUGGGAAUCCAUCCAUGAAGAGUCAGAUAAAGGCAUCGGCAGCUGUUGAGGCUACACCAUGGAAAACUAUGAAUAAAAAGAAUGAGGCUGCACUUAAGAAAAGGAAAGUGGAAACUCUUCAAGUUGGAGGCCCCCCAAAAUCUUCCCGUAGAUCUGGAUUGAUGUCAACAAGUACCGCUGCCAAGCGCAUUCAUUCUUCUCCUCUUCCAUCUCCUCCGGAUCCUUUUGCUGCUUCUUCCUCUCCACGGGGAGCUGUAAAUAUCUCUAAAAGCCCUGAUAAUGCUGUGCCAUCACAAACGAUAGGCAAGCAAGAUGCCGUAUCUGAGAGAGAAAUUCCUACUAGGACAAACAAUGCUAUGAGGAACACACCAGGUGGCAAAGGAAAUAAUGGAUCUAAACCAGCAGAUUUGCAGAGCUUGUUAAUUUCUCUCCUAAAGGAUAAACCUAACGGAAUGACUUUCAAGGCCUUGGAGAAAGCAGUCAGUGACACACUUCCUAGUUCCAUAAAGGAUAUUGAGCCCAUUAUUAAAAAAAUUGCAAAAUACCAGACCCCUGGAAGGUAUUUUUUGAAGCCAGAAGUGGAUUCAGAAAGUUUCAAGAAACCUCAGACUGAAAUUGGAAGUUCGCCUGAAGCAAAUCAUAACCAAAUACCUGCCCGUGAAGAAUUUCAUAAUCAGACAUCAGCUCCACAGGGAGAUUUCGAAGAGAAAAUCCUAAAUGAGGAUUUGGAGGAAACAGUGCAAGUACAUUCCAAAGUGGAAGAAGAAUCAAACACAUUGGAAAAAAUUGACGUGCAACAUGCUUCACCUGAUAUCUUUGGUGACAAAAAAGGUUCUGAUUAUAGUGAAGGGAGGGCAGGCAGCUCCAGUGCUAGUGGAAGUGAUAGUGAGAGUGAAAGUGACAGUAGUGACAGUGGAAGCGACAGUGGAAGCCAUAGUAAGAGCAGAAGUAGAAGUCCUGCUGGAUCAGGGAGUGGGAGUAGUAGUGACAGUGAAAGUGAUGCAUCUUCCAGUAGCAAGGAGGGGUUGGAGGGUUCUGAUGAGGAUAUAGAAAUUUUGAGUAGCGAUGAUGAAAAAGAGCCAAAGCACAAAGCAGAAGCCUUUGAUCAAAAGAUGUCCUUACCCAUCCCAGUAAAAUCUCCUGAUGGAAGAUCUAUGCAUAAUGAGGUUGAUGAGAAGCAGGAUGGUAAUGAAUCUGAUGCAGUUGAUAUUGAAAAAGACUCACCUGUGGAACAAGAAGAGAAAAUGGCAGUAACUACGGAUACCAUUUCUGAUAAAGAUGGAAAAUAUGCAGAAAAGACAAAACCUUUUUCACCUGAUUAUCAACAGCUCCAGGAGCGCCAAAAUUUUAUAGGGAGUUUGUUUGAUGAAAGGGAAAAUGAAGUCAAAGAAAUCUCUAGGAACGAACCGGAUGACAGCUCUGGUAGGCUAUCUAAAGGGAAACAUAAGAGGGGUUCUGAGUUGAAGAACGUUGACGAGAAUUCUGAAAGUACAAAGAGGUCGAAAGCAGGAAACGCAAGUCGUGAAUCAUUUUCUCCAGGUACAGAUGUGCAGAUGUUUGAGAACUCUCGAAAUUUUUCUCCUUUCGAAUUUACUGAAGACACUGGUAAGGGCCCCAAUACACAAGUGGGGACUCGAGCUGACAGACAAGGAAACUUCAGUGUUGGUUUCCAGAAAGGAUACAAUCGAGCAUUGCCUGGAAAGUCUAUUUCAGAUUUACCACAAACUGGUCAAAGGUCCUUUGACCAAACCCCUCUAGGAAACCCUUCCUAUCCAUUGGAAAAUUCAGAUAAAGUUGGUGAAAGCAUAAGGCACAGCAGAAAACACUCAGGAAAGGACUUCCGUCCGCAUGAAGUAUCGUAUGUGCAGAAAGAUAAAUCUCACAGAGAUGUUCAAAAUGAAGAUAUUUAUGCUACUGAGAAAAAAGUCCCCAGGAAUUCCAGGGAUGGUAGUAAUGGAAAUAAGCAGUCACUAUUAUCCAUGGAUUCUUAUCACCAAAAACAAGGGGAAACGGUUGGUAAGUUAAAGGAAGGCCGACAAGGUGUGCAGUCACAUUUGAGAACAUCUCCUAAGGAUAACAACAGAUUUGAUCUUGAUAAAUCCCCUGCAGUUAAUGGGCGAGGUAUCUCACUUCAAAGAGAGCAUUCAGACUUGGAGUUGGGAGAACUUCGUGAGUCCACUCCUGACGACACCAAUGUUGCAAAGCAAUUUGAAAGAAAAGGUUCAUUUAAACAUAUGGAAAACAAAGCAAACAUUUCAGAGGACAUUAAUUCAAAUGUCACUAAAGUAAAACCUUCUUUGAAAGCAACUUUAGAUUCAGGAAAGCCAUCCUCGGUGUUUGUAAGUUCAGGUUUUCCGAGCAAUUUGGAAAACACAAAUAAAAAGAAUGCAGAUACUCAUUUUGAAGAUUCAACAAAGUCUCGUUCUAGAGUUAUGCAAACUCAUUCACAACAUAUUAAAGCAGAUAACACAGAAGUUGGAUCUCAAAACAAAUUGACAGAAAUGAGUACCAAAUUUAGAAAUAGUGAAUCCGGGGUGAGCCAAGAUAUUGAUUGGGAUGGUCGCAGUGAAAGCAAUAGAAGAGUACCUGCAAAUGGUUCUAAACAAGACACAAAACGUGGAAUGGUUUCGUACCCUGUCCGAGAAAGUAAAAGACAAACACCUAAUUCAUGUGAAGAGGUGGCUGAUGGAGGAAAGGAUUCGGUAUUUGCAGAUAGAAAUAAUAGUGACCAAAAGAAGAGAGAAUCUUCCUCAGAUGAAAAUAGUUGCUCUUACUCAAAGUAUGAAAAGGAGGAACCAGAAUUAAAGGGACCUAUAACGACUUUCUCCCAAUAUAAAGAAUAUGUGCAGGAGUACCGUGAUAAAUAUGAGAGUUACCUCUCCCUGAACAAGAUUUUGGUGGAUUACAGGGAUGAGUUUCAGAAACUAGGCGAUGAGUUAGAAUAUGCUAAAAGAAAGGGCGAUAUGGAUAGAUAUGAGGACAUUGCAGAACAAAUUAAGGAUUCCUAUAGGCGAUGCGCUUCUAGACACAAGAGACAGAAGAAAAUAUUUAUAGUGCUUCAUGAAGAACUGGCGAAUAUUAAGCAAAGGAUCAAAGACUUUGUUCAGUCGCAGAGAGACUGAAAAUACAGGAGUACAAUUUUUUUAUUUUAUUUUUAUUUUUAUAAUUUUUAUAUUUACAUAAAUUUAAAUAUGCUUAUCAAAACUUUAGAACUUUUGGGUGAUAGAUGAAGUACAUCUGUUAGAUGAAUUCUUUUGCAGAUUGUAUGUGCGCUAGCUUUUAGUACAAAUUUUGGUAGAGCCGUAUAUUUGUACAUAAAUUGACUUUGUUUAUGCAUAGGUCUGAGACUUAUUUUUGGCUUAGCUUA